GGAAACGGCCACACUGCACAGGCAAAAUGAAAACAAUUUCUAUGUUUAUCUGGAUAAUUGUUCUUCACGACACAUCCAGCGACUGCGGUUGCCAGAAACUAGAGAGACAGGCUAGCGCGGAUAACCAGCCACUUUCAAACAAAGUCUGUCAGCAACGAGCGGCCGGUGCCAACAGCCACUACCGAGAUUACUAUGGUGAACUGGAGCCAAAGAUUGCGGACAUGUCGCUUAUUCCGGGCGGCACCGUCUACGUGGGCACAGACAGUCCACAUUUUCCGGCCGAUCGGGAAGCUCCCGAGCGCCAGGUCAAGCUGGAUGACUUUUUCCUGGACCGUUACGAGGUUUCCAACGAAGCCUUUGAGAAGUUUGUGCUAGUUACAAACUACACCACUGAGGCCGAGCGCUUUGGCGACAGUUUUCUGUUCAAGACCCAUCUGAGUCCCUCAAAGCAGAAAGAGUUAGAGGACUUCAGAGUGGCUAGCGCCGUUUGGUGGUACAAGGUGGCUGGUGUGAGUUGGCGGCAUCCCAAUGGCGCGGACAGCAACCUCGAUAACCUUGGGAGACACCCGGUGGUUCACGUUUCAUGGCGCGAUGCUGUGGAAUACUGUAAUUGGGCUGGAAAACGUUUACCCAGCGAGGCGGAAUGGGAGGUGGCGUGCCGGGGUGGAAAGGAGCGAAAACUGUUUCCCUGGGGUAAUAAGCUAAUGCCUAGGGGAGAGCAUUGGUUAAACAUAUGGCAGGGCGACUUUCCCGAUGGAAACCUGUCUGACGAUGGCUUCGAGUACACCUGCCCGGUGGAUGCUUUCCGGCAAAACGUCUUCGAUCUUCACAACAUGGUGGGUAACGUCUGGGAGUGGACGGCUGAUCUGUGGGACGCGAACGAUGUCAGCGAUAACCCAAAUCGGGUGAAAAAGGGCGGUUCCUACCUGUGCCACAAGUCCUACUGCUACCGGUACAGGUGCGCGGCCCGUUCGCAAAACACAGAGGACAGCUCUGCCGGGAACUUGGGUUUUCGGUGCGCCAAGAAUGCAUGAGAAGUGUCCUUCGGAUCGAUUAAAGCAUAUAGUAAAGCCAUUUUACGCCGUAGGCAUCAAACCAUGAAUAUGUUUCGAUUAUAUGUAUAGUAAGUUAGCAUUGCAUCCUCUUUUCAUUCAUUCAAAUGUGUACAUCAUUUCUUUGUAGUCGCUCUUAAUAAAAAACAGAAAAUGCA